AGUUUGGAAGUUUGAGAAAGUCAGAAAUCUGAAAGCUAGAAAUGGCGGUGAAACCAACGAAGGCUCAAAAGAAGAGUGCGUAUGACAAGAAGCUAUGCGAGCUUGUGGAUCAGUACGGACAGAUACUAGUGGUUGCGGCAGACAAUGUGGGAUCGAAUCAGUUGCAGAAAAUCAGACAAGGUUUGCGUGGAGAUUCAAUAAUUUUGAUGGGGAAGAACACUAUGAUGAAGAGAUCCAUCAGGCUUCAUGCCGAGAGGACUGGGAACAAUGACUAUCUCAAUCUCGUUCCCCUCCUUGUGGGAAAUGUUGGUUUGAUAUUCACAAAGGGCGACUUGAAGGAAAUACGGGAAGAGGUUGGCAAAUACAAGGUUGGAGCUCCUGCCCGUGUGGGACUUAUUGCACCUAUUGAUGUCAUUGUGCCACCCGGAAACACAGGGUUGGACCCUUCUCAGACUUCAUUUUUUCAGGUGCUCAAUAUUCCAACAAAGAUUAACAAGGGAACAGUUGAAAUCCUCACCCAUGUGGAACUUAUAAAGAAAGGUGAUAAGGUUGGCUCUUCUGAGUCUGCUCUGCUUUCGAAGCUGGGAAUAAGACCCUUCUCUUAUGGUCUUGUUGUGGUGUCUGUAUAUGACACUGGCUCAGUCUUCAGUCCAGAGGUGCUUGAUCUCACAGAGGAUGACUUGGUUACCAAAUUUGCCAAUGGUUUGUGCAAUGUCAUUUCUCUGUCCUUGGCAAUCUCAUAUCCUACAUUGGCUGCUACACCCCAUAUGUUCAUCAAUGCCUACAAGAAUGUUCUGGCCGUUGGAAUUGCAACUGAAUAUUCUUUCCCCCAGGCUGAGAAAGUGAAAGAAUACUUGAAGGAUCCUAGCAAGUUUGCAGUCGCCGCCGCGGCCCCAGUUGCUGCAGCGUCUGGUGCUGCUCCUGCUGCUGCUGCUGAUGCCAAGGUGGAAGAGAAGAAGGAAGAAGCUGCUGAAGAGUCUGAUGAUGAUAUGGGUUUCAGUUUGUUCGAUUAAA